UUUAUUACUCUUAUUGACUAAAAGUGCUAUGGAUCCGUCAAGAAUUUCGCUCCGUCCAUUCAGGCUGUCCGAUGUCGACGAUUUCUUCAAAUGGUUCACCGAUGUUAAGGUGGCGAAGAAUUUAAGAUGGAAUCCAAUUACCUCAACGGAAGAAGCAUUAUCACAUCUUGAAAACAUAGCCAUACCCAAUCCAACUCAUUAUUCCAUAUGUUUGCAUGAUCGUUCAAUCGGAUUCAUCGCCUUCUGGCCAGGAACACUUGCCGACGACAAACACAAAGCAAGCAUCGGAUAUGCGGUGAGUGCAGAUUACUGGGGACAAGGAAUAGCAACAAUCGCAUUGAAGAUUGGUCUGUGUAGAGUUUUUGAAGACUUGGCUAACUUGGUGAGGGUGGAAGCUUAUACGUUGGCAGAUAAUGGAAGAUCUCAUAGGUUGCUUGAGAAAGUUGGAUUUGUAAAAGAAGGUUUGCUCAGGAAAUGGUAUAAUUAUCGAGGUGAAGUUAGAGAUUCCAUUCUCUACAGUUUCCUCUCAACCGACAAAAUUUUGUAAUUCAUAUGCCUUGUUUAGUUGCUCUAAUCAGUUUUCGGUUUUUUUUCCUCGGUCGGAAUCGGAUUGUUCCU